AGGCGCAUGCGCAGCGGUCAUUCCCGCGGUAUAUUAAGGCGCCGGCGAUCGCGGCCUGAGGCUGCUCCCGGACAAGGGCAACGAGCGUUUCGUUUGGACUUCUCGACUUGAGUGCCUGCCUCCUUCGCCGCCGCCUCCGCAGAGUCCUCAGCGCAGUCUUUCCACAGGAGCCAGCAUACUUCUUGAACAUGGACACUGUUGUUCGCCGCUGCCCAUUCUUAUCCCGAGUCCCCCAGGCCUUUCUGCAGAAAGCAGGCAAAUCUCUGUUGUUCUAUGCCCAAAACUGCCCCAAGAUGAUGGAAGUUGGGGCCAAGCCAGCCCCUCGGGCAUUGUCCACUGCAGCAGUACACUACCAACAGAUCAAAGAAACCCCUCCGGCCAGUGAGAAAGACAAAACUGCUAAGGCCAAGGUCCAACAGACUCCUGAUGGAUCCCAGCAGAGUCCAGAUGGCACACAGCUUCCGUCUGGACACCCCUUGCCUGCCACAAGCCAGGGCACUGCAAGCAAAUGCCCUUUCCUGGCAGCACAGAUGAAUCAGAGAGGCAGCAGUGUCUUCUGCAAAGCCAGUCUUGAGCUUCAGGAGGAUGUGCAGGAAAUGAAUGCCGUGAGGAAAGAGGUUGCUGAAACCUCAGCAGGCCCCAGUGUGGUUAGUGUGAAAACUGAUGGAGGGGAUCCCAGUGGACUGCUGAAGAACUUCCAGGACAUCAUGCAAAAGCAAAGACCAGAAAGAGUGUCUCAUCUUCUUCAAGAUAACUUGCCAAAAUCUGUUUCCACUUUUCAGUAUGAUCGUUUCUUUGAGAAAAAAAUUGAUGAGAAAAAGAAUGACCACACCUAUCGAGUUUUUAAAACUGUGAACCGGCGAGCACACAUCUUCCCCAUGGCAGAUGACUAUUCAGACUCCCUCAUCACCAAAAAGCAAGUGUCAGUCUGGUGCAGUAAUGACUACCUAGGAAUGAGUCGCCACCCACGGGUGUGUGGGGCAGUUAUGGACACUUUGAAACAACAUGGUGCUGGGGCAGGUGGUACUAGAAAUAUUUCUGGAACUAGUAAAUUCCAUGUGGACUUAGAGCGGGAGCUGGCAGACCUCCAUGGGAAAGAUGCCGCACUCUUGUUUUCCUCGUGCUUUGUGGCCAAUGACUCAACCCUCUUCACCCUGGCUAAGAUGAUGCCAGGCUGUGAGAUUUACUCUGAUUCUGGGAACCAUGCCUCCAUGAUCCAAGGGAUUCGAAACAGCCGAGUGCCAAAGUACAUCUUCCGCCACAAUGACGUCAGCCAUCUCAGAGAACUGCUGCAAAGAUCUGACCCCUCAGUCCCCAAGAUUGUGGCAUUUGAAACUGUCCAUUCAAUGGAUGGGGCAGUGUGCCCACUGGAAGAGCUGUGUGAUGUGGCCCAUGAGUUUGGAGCAAUCACCUUCGUGGAUGAGGUCCACGCAGUGGGGCUGUAUGGGGCUCGAGGCGGAGGGAUUGGGGAUCGGGAUGGAGUCAUGCCAAAAAUGGACAUCAUUUCUGGAACACUUGGCAAAGCCUUUGGCUGUGUUGGAGGGUACAUCGCCAGCACGAGUUCUCUGAUUGACACCGUACGGUCCUAUGCUGCUGGCUUCAUCUUCACCACCUCUCUGCCACCCAUGCUGCUGGCUGGAGCCCUGGAGUCUGUGCGGAUCCUGAAGAGCGCUGAGGGACGGGUGCUUCGCCGCCAGCACCAGCGCAACGUCAAACUCAUGAGACAGAUGCUAAUGGAUGCCGGCCUCCCUGUUGUCCACUGCCCCAGCCACAUCAUCCCUGUGCGGGUUGCAGAUGCUGCUAAAAACACAGAAGUCUGUGAUGAACUAAUGAGCAGACAUAACAUCUACGUGCAAGCAAUCAAUUACCCUACGGUGCCCCGGGGAGAAGAGCUCCUACGGAUUGCCCCCACCCCUCACCACACACCCCAGAUGAUGAACUACUUCCUUGGUGAGUACCUGGGGAGCUGCUGGUGCCUCACUGAGGAGUUGCAUAAAGCUGUCUUUGCAGUGUUUAUAAUUGAAGCCCUUCAGAGGCAUUCAGAUUUGUUUCUUCUUCUUUUUUUAGUUUUUUUUUCUGAGACAAGAGUUUCGCUCUUGUUGCCCAAGCUGGAGUACAAUGGCACAAUCUCGGCUCACCGCAACCCCUGCCUCCCAGGUUCAAGCGAUUCUCCUGCCUCAGCUUCCUGAGUAGCUGGGAUUACAGCCAUGCGCCACCACGCCUGGCUGAUUUUGUAUUUUUAGUAGAGAUGGGGUUUCUCCAUGUUGGUCAGGCUGGUCUCGAACUCCCAACCUCAGGUGAUCCACCCACCUCAGCCUCCCAAAGUGCUGGGAUUACAGGUGUGAGCCAUGGUGCCCGGCCUGUUUCUUCUUUUUCCAAGUAACUAAGCAUGCCCUCAAAUGGUUCAAAACCCUAAAAGGUAUUUAUUGUCUGAUUCACAUCAAGAGGGUGGAGAGUCAUUUUGGGAGCUCUGAGGGAGCCUGGGAAUCCGCUCAGUGUUUCCAGUGCCCCCUUGUCUACGUGGCUGAAGGAUGCACGGUAAUGACUUGCAGGGAGAAGAGGCCUCUGAAGGCUUGAGUCCCCGCUGGCCCUCCGGAGUCCACCUCACAUUUGUCUUCACCACUGCCCUCUACUCCAUGAUGUUGUAUAAUCCUUGAAUAACCCCACACCUAAUCGCCUCUGAUAAGAGGAAUUGCUCAAUAUUUUCAACUGCCCCGUGGUUCUAUACUGCUCCACCCAUGUCCAACCUAAAGGCAGAGACGGAAGGGGGCUAUUAGCCACAGGUCACCUCUGCCUCAAAGGUACAUUGUCCUCCCAAGCCCGCCCAGCGUGGCUCAGCUUCCUCACAGGCUCUCUGUUCUGUUGGAAAUGCUGGGUUUAAACCGUCACGUGGCAGUGUUGGAGCAGCUUCUUCCCUACAGGCCUGUGAAAUCAAGCCCAACUCUGGGUUUUAUUUUUCUCUUUAUUUAUUUUUAUAAAAGCCUUAAAAUUUUUAUAAAAGCCUUAUCUCAAUAGAGAUAUAACUCACAUACCAUAAAAUUCACCCUUUUAAAGUAUCCAAGUCUAUGAUUUUUAAGUACACUCCCAGUGUUAUGCAACCAUCACUUCUAUCUGAUUCUAGAACAUUUUCAUCACCUCAGAAGCCCCUACCCAUUAGGAGUCACUCCUCUUUUCCCCAUCCCCAGCCCCUGUCAACCACUGCUCUUUCUGUCUCUAUGGAUUUGCCUUUUCUGGACCUUGUGUCUAAGUGGAAUCAUACGGCCUGUGCUCCUUUGUGUCUGCCUUCUUCCAGCAUCAUGUCUGCAAGGCUCAUCCAUGCUGUAGCAUUCAUCAGCACUUCAUUUCUUUCUGUUACCAAAUAACCUUCCAUUGUACAGAUUUACCACAUUUUGUUUAUCUGUCUAUUGGUGGACAUUUGGUUGUUUCUCUUGUUAACUGUUAUGAAUAAUGCUGCUAUGAACAUUUGUGUACAAGUUUUUGUGUGGACAUAUGUUUUCAUUUCUCUUGUGUAUAUUACUCCCUUUAAUAUUUAAAAACUGUUUCUCCUCAGAGAAUCUGCUAGUCACAUGGAAGCAAGUGGGGCUGGAACUGAAGCCUCAUUCCUCAGCUGAGUGCAACUUCUGCAGGAGGCCACUGCAUUUUGAAGUGAUGAGUGAAAGAGAGAAGUCCUAUUUCUCAGGCUUGAGCAAGUUGGUGUCUGCUCAGGCCUGAGCAUGACCUCAAUUAUUUCACUUAACCCCAGGCCAUUAUCAUAUCCAGAUAGUCUUCAGAGUUGUCUUUAUAUGUGAAUUAAGUUAUAUUAAAUUUUAAUCUAUAGUAAAAACAUAGUCCUGGAAAUAAA